AUGGCGUCUCCGGGACGCGACGUCGCGAUCGCCGCGUCGCCCUGUUCGACCUUCGAGUUGCUGGACGAGAGCGGCCGCCAAGCUGCGCAUCCAACAAGUCCUGCGCUCGUGCUCCCGCCGCCCCCAAGGGACAAGGGGCUGCCACGCUCUCGCGUCGAUCCAUCGCCGUCACUUCGGCGCUUGUACCACGCGCCUUCCAGUCAUAGCGAUGCGGGAGAGAGCGCGUCUAGUGACACAGCGGGUGCUGCCCUAACCCGCGAGCAGAUCGAAUCCAUCAGUGACCUCUUUCCUGUGACAGGCGCCGGCGUGUUUACGAAUCCUCUGAACAUCGUGCCAACGCGAGACGCGUCGAUCCUCAUUGACACGGACGUGCAGCACGCCGCGGCCAGGGACGCCGGACUGCGUCUGUGCAGCUCCCAGCAGCAGCAACAGCAGCAACAGCAGCAGAUGACGGCGAUAGGAGGGACGUGCUUGACGUUGCCGUCGAUCCUGAUGGAGCUGAGGGGAGACGGAGGCGCCACGAAAGGGACGGCCAGUAUCCCAUCGUCGAUACGCAAUGUGUCGCUGGAUGGAGACGUGAUGGUGGGGCAUGGCAAUACACCGAGAGAGAUGAACGGAGUUGUGGGGAUCGACACGCUCAAUCAUGGACUGGAGAGGAGUCUCCCUGCUAUGGAGCCGGCUGCUCGCCGGGCGCGGUGCAUGUGGCGAGUCAAGCAGCGUGUCACGUGUCAGUUUUGUCGACAGCUGCCGCUCUGGCGACCCCAAGAGACACUGGUGUUGCUCUGGAAACGCAUGAUUCCGAAUUGGGACUCGCUUGUGCUGAAACUGGUCUUGUUGCUGGCUGUGCUCAGUGUCUUGGCGGCAGUUGGCUCGGCUGCUCUGCUGUCCCAAACGGCGCCGAAGAAGGUUCAUAUGGUCGCACGGUGCACUGCGCCAGGAAGUAUGCAGAGCUACUCGGCUUCGACGGCGUACGUAGCGGGCGUCUUGAUCCCAGCGAUGAACAACAUUGUGUUUUUGGUCGUGUCGCUUUGGCUUGGUGUGCUCUGCAGUCGCAGCCGCAAACGUGUGCUGCGCAGUGCACCGUGCAGUAUCAGCUCCAAUCUGAAGUCAGCGUUCAUGCUGCCGUGCUACGAAGCGAUUUGGUACACUAUUGCGGUGCUGUCAGCGAUCGGCUUGAUACUGUACACCGCUAGCUUCCAGGCUUAUCGCAGCGAAAGUGGCAAGACAUACAGCGCAUUGACGCUAGAAGACGACCCGAAAUACCCGUGCAAUAUCGUCACCAUGCCGACCGUGUGGGUGUUGCAGUUGCUGCCGAUGCUCAUGAUCCAGCGAAGCGUCUCCCAAGAAGCAGUGCUUCGCGCUAUCGCAUACUCUGGAGCAGUGGUCGUCGUCCUCAUCGUAUGCAGUAUGACGCUGUUCAAGGUUGGAGAUGACAUAGCGGACGCAACCGAGAUGACCAUCUACAUCCUGCUCCUCCUGUUUUAUUUCUGGGCCAAGUUUGUUUUUCACGCUCGGGCCAGUUUCGACUUCUUUUUCGUUGCUGCUGUGGUAUCUUCACUGGCUAACAUCGCCGGUUCAGUGAUGGGGCUCGCUCAUAUGGAUGAAACGAUAGUACUGCCGGUUGCUCACUGCAUUGUUACUGGACUGGACGCCCUCAUCGUUGUAGCUGUCUUACUCUCUCUGCGUGCUGACACUCGCUACUGGCUGGCUAUCGAUGACAAUGGAUCAGGCACGACCGGAUCGAAGAGUGCGAUACGUCGCUAUGUGAAUCUGUUAUCCGAGCGCGGUAUGAUUACCAAUUUUUCUACACGUACGUCGGUGUACGAUGUUCAUCAAAUGAUCGAGGAACAUCGGCAUAACGUCGUGGACUUCUCGGCUCUAGCACUGGACUGCAUAAUUGCUCAGGGUGCCACUUCUGUUGUGAUGCGCGGAACGCUGCGGAGAAGUACCCCUGUACCUAUUGCACUGAAGAUUUACACUGACGUGCAAGUGACGAACGAGGAAGUACAGCGAUUCUCACGAGAGACGGCACUAAACGUACAGCUCUCUCACCCGAACGUCGUUCACUUCUACGGUCUGUGUGUGGUGCCGCCAUCGAUCUCCCUUAUCUUCGAGUUUUGCGAGUAUGGUGCAUUAGACGCCAUAUUGCGUGAGCAGCCCGAGAUCUGGACACUUGCCGCCAAGCUUAAAGCGUGGCUGGACGCAUGUCGUGCGGUUGCUUACUUACAUAGUUUUUCGCCUCCUCUUCUUCAUCGCGACAUUAAGACGGACAACUUCCUCGUGGGUCAGGAUUUUAUCAUAAAGCUUGCAGAUUUCGGCGAAGCCAAUUUGCUGCAGCCGCGGACGGAUGGGACAAUGACAAUCGCUGGCACGGUCGACUACAUGGCUCCAGAAAUGAUUAAAGGUGGCAAGACAGCGCGUUAUGGCACGGCAGUAGACGUUUACAGCCUGAUGAUCACGCUUUGGCAGAUUAUGGUGCCUGAACAAAGUCCUUGGGAAGCCAGGUCUCAUCUUGAAGUGUAUCGCCGUGUGACUUGUGGUGACAGGCCACCUCUCCUUCCUUCCAUACCGAAAGCCUGCGCUGACAUUCUUGAAGCUGGUUGGGCAGCCAACCCGAAUGAUCGUGCAGCUGUGGAGGACAUCAUACCCUCGGUUCACCGCCUGUGGCUGCUUGCACUGCACCAAAAGCCUUUGAAGCGCACGAAGCAUUGA